AAGGGUUAGUUUCGCUGCGCUGUUUUAAGGGUUUUCGUUUUUUUGUUUUUUCCGAAGAAGAAGAAGAUAAGAGGUUGAAGAAGAAGAUGCCAGGACCAGUUAUCGAGGAAGUGAAUGAGGAGGCUCUUAUGGAUGCCAUUAAAGAGCAAAUGAAGCUCCAGAAGGAGAACGAUGUUGUUGUUGAGGAUGUGAAAGAUGGAGAUGAAGACGACGAUGAUGUUGAUGACGACGACGAUGAGAUUGCAGAUGGAGCUGGUGAGAAUGAGAGUUCUAAGCAAAGUAGGAGCGAGAAGAAAAGCCGAAAGGCGAUGUUGAAGCUGGGAAUGAAACCUGUCACUGAUGUUAGCAGAGUGACUAUCAAGAGAUCGAAGAAUGUGUUGUUUGUCAUCUCGAAGCCGGAUGUUUUCAAGAGUCCCAAUUCUGAGACCUAUGUGAUAUUUGGUGAGGCUAAGAUUGAUGACAUGAGCUCUCAGCUUCAAGCACAAGCUGCUCAGAAGUUCAAGAUGCCUGAUGUUGCGUCUAUGAUCCCCAACACCGAUGGUUCUGAAGCAGCCACGGUUGCACAAGAGGAGGAAGACGAUGAAGAUGUUGAUGAGACUGGUGUUGAAGCCAAGGACAUUGAUCUUGUGAUGACUCAAGCUGGUGUAUCGAGGACCAAGGCUGUUAAGGCUCUUAAAGCCAGUGACGGAGAUAUUGUUUCCGCCAUUAUGGAACUCACUACAUAGGUUGAGUUGCAGAAACUCCCGGUGGUUCUUUUUUUCCGUUGCUUCAGUUCUGAUUCAGUUAGCAAUUUUCUCGAACAUUAUCUGUGUUACUCCACUUUUAAGGCUAUUUUUUCUCUUCCUCUGAGCCAUAAACAAUGUUGCUUCACAUCUAUAAUUUGAGACUUUUAUGUCUAAUGUUGUUA